GCACUACACAUUUUGCUCAUGAAUUUGGGUUGCAAAAGGCAUUGUGUUCAAACCUCCUUUUUAAGGUCGCAAAUGUGUAAAAUGUACUGACUGUGAGUCAUGUGCGAUAUUUUUUACAGUUGCCUCACUCUGUGAACAUUUGUUUUGAGAAGCCUUGUUACAGUGGGGCAAGUUGGAGGCCGCCCAAUGACAACCUCAGUGAAGAGAACCGCUUGAACUCUGGCCGUUCAACGGGGGUAAUACCAAACGUCAGAACUUGGACUUCUGUGGCUAUGUCUGGCUCUCUAAAAGGAAUAUGUGUGUUGGAUGCUUUCACAAGUGGAAACGGGCCCUUCCAAAGAAGCUUGCAGCGGAAGAGACUGUGGAAGACGAUCCUUUUCUCUCAAAACCACCAGCGAGAUCCGUAACUCCAGACUGGCCGUUUUUUGAGUUUGCAUGCUCCUCCGCGUGACGGGAUUAAGCCUAGAUUUUGAAGAGAAUUCUUCAAACUCUGCUACAAGUUGUGCCCACCAGGAAUAAAAUAACACGUUGUGCUUUGUCUGUGAACAGGCCAGCCAGUAGAUGGUAGCAGGCAGAAAAGUGAAGUUAAAACUGGUUCUCUUUCAUAAAACUCCAGCAUCCAGUUGAUAGUUUCGUGAUAAGACGCCCUUCCCUGGGAGGAUGCUGUCAGUUCGUCCGUUCCAAAUUCUUGUCAGGUUUCACAGGGUUAUCUACCGUUCAAACCUAGCUGUAGAAUGCCUAGAAAAGCUAGAGCGACAGUAGACCUAAAAAGCAGCGUAGCCCAAGGAGGGGGACUUGGCCAGACUCUGCAACUUUCUCUCUUGUUUGCCUUCUCAGGAACUACAUGAACGACAGCCUUCGGACCGACGUCUUUGUACGAUUCCAUCCCGAGAGCAUUGCGUGCGCCUGCAUUUACCUUGCUGCCCGAACUCUUGAGAUUCCUCUUCCUAAUCGUCCUCACUGGUUUCUCCUCUUCGGAGCUACAGAGGAAGAAAUUCAAGAGAUCUGCAUGAAGAUUUUACAGCUAUACACACGGAAAAAGGUUGACUUGGCUAUCCUGGAAGGCCGAGUAGAGAAAAAGAAGCUGGCCAUUGAAGAGGCAAAGGCACACGCAAAAGGCCUUUUAGCAGAUGGAAAACCCACCUUGGAUGCCGUGUCAGGAUUUUCUCCUAUCCCUAAAACUGAGUCGCCAAAAGAAAAUAAAGGCACCAAACCUUCCCCACUCGCUGUGCAGGUGAUAAAAAAUGCCAAGAGGAAAAUGGAAGGGGUGAAGCGGGUGAAAUCAAACAGUCCCAUUAACGGCAUUCCGAAAGGCAGAGAAAGCAGGAGUCGUAGUGGAAGCAGGGACCAGAGUUACUCUAGGUCGCCCUCCAGGUCACCUUCUCCAAAGCAGAGGAAGAGCGAAAGCUACUCCCCGUCCAGCGGCUCGAAAUCCCACAGCCGUUCGCGGAGCCGCAGCGAUUCCCCUCCGCGGCAGUUCAACCACGGCAGCGCCGCUUACAAAGGCUCCAAGGUGAGGAGUUACAAAAAGGCCAAGGGGUACAAGUACGCCUCCCCCAAGCAGCCGAAGUCCCGCAGCCGGAGCUCGUCGCGGUCCAGGAGCCGCUCGCGGGAACGCUCCGACCACUCCGGGAAGUACAAGAAGAAGAGCCACUACUACAGGGAUCAGAGGCCCGAGAGGCCACACUCCUACGAGAGGCCAAGCCACCGCUACGAGAGGGAGCAUCCCGGCCACAGCCGUCAUAGGAGAUGAAGGCGCUCCGGGAAACGGCCACAGCGAGCGCUCUGCGGGAUCCCACGCGGCGCUUCUUACACCUGCGCUGGAUUCCGAGGGCUUCGUGGAACCUGUCUUGACGCCUGCCUGGUUCUACGCCCGCUUGGCACCAAACCUAAGGAAGGAUAUUGAAAAGGACACAACUGGGCCACGUGUGUCACGUCUUUUGGCUGUUCUGGAACCUCUUUCCCUAACGGGAGAGAGCCGCUCUCUUCCGCUUCUUCUUAAUCCCGGACUGGGGGAUGCUCCUUUGUGGAAGCAGGAUUGUGCCCAGAGAACAGUCGGGAUGCUGUGGAGAAGAAUCGCCUCGCGAGGCUGUUAAGAGUGUUCAAACAUCCUCCCCCCCCCUACUUUCCACCUCUCCCCCCCACCCCCCCAAAGGCUUUUGGAAGCUCAAACUGCUUGGUGCUAACAGCAGGUCCUUGUUUUUAUUUUUAUUUUUCCAACGGACUUGAUCGCAUUGUCAUAACACAAGGUGAUUUUUUUUAUUAUUUUUUUUUUAGAGUCAAUGCCUAUAUUAGGCGCGGCCUUUUUGUGUAUAUAUCUGGUGUUGGAGCAGUAAGGACAGAGAAAAGGCCUUAAACCCCUUAAAAGUUGCAAAUGCAUUUAAUUAAACUUUGGGGGACUUGCAACGUGCUUACUAAAUACGGAGAACUUAAAAUUUCUCGACUGAACACUUCUUCCCUGCUCCCUUUUUAUUUUAGGUUGGGUUUUUUUCCCCCCCUUUUUGCAUAAAGAACUCUGUGGAAAUGUGAAAAGUAUUUAGAUUCCGUGUGUUGGAAGUGGUCUAUUUUUUAAAACUGGCGGAAAUGCCUGGUGCUGGCCACCAGCUCAGGACUUGAGAGGCUUUCAUAUAAUAUAACGUUUUAUGUGGUUUAGAUAAACUCUCUACUCAGGAUCUUUAAAAACUCUGAACUGAUAGUUUGUCCACCCCUUGCUUGCUUAAGAGAAGGUGUUUAUAUUAAGAGAGAAAUGUAUGCAGUGCAGGAAUAUCCGUUUUAGGGGUAUAACUGAGCUGUCUUCCUGUUCCUUGAUUUCAUUAAAGUAUUUGAUUUUGUAUUUAAA